ACACAACACGGCUCAACACACAACACGGCUCAAUACACACAACACACAGCUCAGUCUAACCCGCAGCACAGCACAAGGCAGUCAGCCAGCGAGGCAAGAUGCAGACCUGGCUGAAAGGCAAAAGGGUUGGCUACUGGUUGAGCGAAAAGAAGAUCAAGAAACUCAAUUUCCAGGCCUUCGCAGAUCUUUGCAGGAAAAAAGGGAUAGACGUUGUGCAGCUCGAUCUGGUGAAACCCAUCGAGGAGCAGGGACCACUCGACGUUAUAAUCCACAAACUUACAGAUGUCAUUCUGGAAGCGGACCAAAACGAUGCCCAGUCUCAGGAGCUGGUUCAGAGGUUUCAGGACUACAUUGACACACACCCAGAGACCAUCAUCCUAGACCCUCUCCCGGCCAUCAGGACCUUGUUGGACCGAUGCAAGUCCUACGAGCUGAUUCGCAAGCUCGAAGGAUACAUGGAAGACACGAGAAUCUGUUCACCGCCCUUCAUGGAGCUGAGCGGUCAGUGUGGCGAGGAUACCAUGGCACAGAUUGAGAAACACAAGCUGACAUUCCCUUUCAUCUGUAAAACCAGAGUGGCCCAUGGCACCAACUCACACGAGAUGGCGAUUAUUUUCAGUGAGGAUGGACUGAAAGACAUCAAGCCUCAGUGCGUCAUCCAGAGCUUCAUAAACCACAACGCCGUGCUGUACAAAGUGUUCGUUAUCGGAGAAUCCUACACCGUGGUCGAACGACCGUCCUUGAAGAAUUUCUCCGCCGGCAUUUCAGAGAGAAAAUCAAUAUUCUUCAACAGCCAUAAUGUAUCGAAACCCGAGUCGUCGUCUGACUUAACGGCACUCGACGUGGUGGAAGGCGUGUUUGCUCUUCCGAGCGAUGACGUUAUCAGGAAGAUCUCCAGGACGCUGCGAAAUGCGCUGGGCAUAUCUCUGUUUGGCAUCGACGUGAUCAUUAACAAUCAGACAGGCCAACACGCUGUCAUUGAUAUCAAUGCAUUCCCAGGGUACGAAGGUGUCCCGGAAUUCUUCACCGAGCUCUUAAACCACAUCCAGGUGGUACUGCAAGCUCGCAACCCAGACCCUCACCAACAACAACAGCAGCAGCAGCAGCAGCAGCUCAGCCAGAGCAGGAAGGGAGCUGAGCAGGACACGGUCGGGCGUGGAGAACAGCGCGCAUGUUCGGCCACCUCGUCUUACGUGAACGUGGCGGCCAAAGACGCCUGGCUCCUGGAGGAAGAUGGCAAGAGGCUGCAGCACCAGCGACUCACUUGCAAUUCCGCCGUGCCUCCCAACUUCCAGAACUGCGUGCCUCCCAUGGCGACCAAGGCUUCCUCUCAAUGACCGUUUGGGAACCGGGGGCCAAAAGCCAAGGACGGGAUCUUUUAAUCAGGAUCAAAGCGAAACCCGUUGUUUUUUUUGUUUUUUUUUCUUAAAUCAAUGGAACAACUUUUCUAUUCUAAUGACCUCACGAGACUGGUACAGGUGAUUGUGGCUACGAGUGGAUGGAGAGAGAGAGAGAGAGAGAGAAAGACAAAGAGAGAGAGAGAGCGAGGACGCUGACGGAGCAAUAGUGUGGAAUGUACUCGGUGGGUCUCUCUGGGGGUUGAGCAUUAAACACUAGCAACCAGCAAAAUUGCUUGAUCGGCUUUCACUUGGCAGGAACUUGUACUAAUCCUCUCAAUGGAAAUCGAUUUACAAGUGGCUAAUGCAGAUAAACUGGAACUCUUCCCUUUCCCGCUGUGUAUCAGGCAAUACAUCCACACCCCAUUCUCUUCUUUCCUUUCUCUCCCCCCCACAUCCUAAACCCAUCCCUCCACCUCCAUUCCCCCAUCAUCCAGUCAAUAGCACACAUGGUUUUGAACCCAGUUGAAAUAGCCUCAUUGGGGGGGGGGUGGGGGUGGAGGCGUGGUUUACGGGGGAAAGAGGGUGGGGGAUAGCAGGCAAUAUUCCUUGCUUAUCAAUCAAUCAAUCUAACCUCGGCAGUGUAAGAUGUUAAGGGGGAUUUUCCCCAUUUUUAAGGGCACAGCACUAAGGUUCAGAAGUUACUGAGACAUGAGAAAUCUGACCUGAUGAGGGUAUAUUCCAGUCAGACUGCGAUAGGACACGUUCCACUAAUCUGUAAGGGUUUGAUUGAAACUUUGGGUUGCGAACACACUGAGCGCUAAAUUGGGAUAAGGCCCCGGGGAUCAGUUUGAGGGGAAUGUUAGCGUAGAUACGUGUGGUGUGAGGAAUGGUUUGCCGUUUGCUUAAAAACACAACGGAUCCCAAGAGCGUGAGUCGCAUUUCAAUCGCAUGGUUUCUUUGAUUUGUUGGUUACUAACGACGCACUUUUUUCCAAUACGUUUCUCCCACUCCUUUUUUUUUAAAAAAUGUACCUUUUGGGGAUUUUGUUUGUGUGCCUGUUGUUCUUGGAAACCAGGAAGCAGAGACUUGUGCUGUGGGGUACGGUUUGCAUUGUGAACACAACAUAACGGUUCGCUAGUGAAAUCACUCGUGAAAUCGCUCGUGCAAAAGCUAGUUAAAUCACUUCUAUGCUUUUUGGUUUCCAUUUAAAGAACAGUUAUUGGAAAAACUGACCCCUUUCCUUUCACAUUCUGGGAAUCACCUGUGUUUACAAGACCUGGCGUGGAUAGAAACUGCAACAACUCAAAAACUGGCAUGAAAUUUCCCCCCACCCACCACUAUUUGCACCGUUCUUAAUACCUUAUUGAGGAAUCCUGCUAACAAGAAGCCUCAGUUAUCUAUGAACAGACCAGAGGUUAGACAAAUGGAAUUGGGAAGAUCUGGGUUGGAAGCUAGGUGACUCGAAUGUUUGCUGAUUAUAUAUAUAAAAAAUAAAUCAAGUUGGCGAAUCCUCUAGUUUAGAGCAUUUUAGCAUUUAAUGGUUUGUGUUGAAGUCUGAUUAAACAUUUUGGAACAAAAGAAAAA